AUGCAUCCCCGACGUGCAGCCGUUCAUCACGAGAAUGAGGCAAGCAACGAGACCCAAAGUAGUGUGGGCCCUGAAGGACAACCACCACCACCACCUCCACCACCACCACAGCCGGAACGAAACAUUGAGAAGGAGUUUCGGAAGGAACGUCCUCCCGUUUUCGAUGGAAUGGGAGAUCCGGCCAAGGCUGAGACCUGGAUUCUGGCCAUAGAACGUAUCUUCAAGUUCCUAAGGUGCACCGAUCAGGAGCGCCUAUCGUGCGUGACCUACCAGCUCACGGGGUCCGCGGAAUUUUGGUGGGAGACCAAGCAGCGAAUGAUGUCGCAGGAACAACUGGACGCCCUAACUUGGGAAGACUUUAAGGAGGAACUCUAUGAUAAGUAUAUCCCGAGGAGUUACCGCAAGGCUAAGGAGGCCGAGUUCUACAAUCUGAAGCUGGGGCGGAUGACAGUGACUGAAUAUGACCGUGCCCUAUGCGACAUGUCACGAUACGCACCGGAGCAGGUGAAUACUGACGAGAAAAUGUCAGAGAAGUUUUGUGCCGGUCUGAGGCACGAAAUAAGAAUGGCUCUAGCAUGCCGUGGAAGACUCUCGUAUGCCGAGUCAUUGUCUCGUGCAUUGGACGUGUAG